AAUGGGCCGAUUAUUCCAUUUCAACAAGUGAAUGCUCGAACAGCGGCUUUGACAGGUGUUUCUGAAAGAACCGUGAACCGUAUAGUUUCAGAGGGAAAAAUCAUGGAAAGUAAUUUUACAGCGAGAACUGAAGUCCCUAAUCAAGCAGCUCAAGGACCUUCCACAUCCACAGCUUGUGAUGACAAUUCCACACCAGAGAACACUACUUCCGAGGCUAAGACGAUAAAACUAGUCACUCCAGGUAAAAGUAGAAAAAGAAAAUUAACUGUUUCUGAUUUGGAUGACUUUGAUCUUUGUGUUAUUAGACGCAAAAUCCAAUCUUAUUAUUUAAAUAAUUCCGUCCCUACUCUCAGAAAAUUACAUUGUGAUCUAAAGGCAGACAUCAAUUUCAAGGGUAGUAUAGAAUCUCUCAGAAAAAUACUACACAAGUUGGGAUUUAGUUAUAAAAAGAAUAAAUCCAAAAGGAUGGUUCUCAUGGAGCGAUAUGAUGUUGUUGCCUGGCGAUCAAGAUUUUUACGAGAAAUAGACAAUAAUAGAAGGAGUGACAAUCCGAGGCCAAUCGUUUAUUUGGACGAGACUUAUUUACACCCUGGCUAUAAAGUUAAAAAAUGUUGGCAGUCUGAGGAAACUGAAGGUGUCCUUACAGAAGUCUCAGAAGGUCAGAGAUGGAUCAUAGUGAAUGCCGGAAGUGAGAAAGGUUUUAUCCCCAAUAGUCUUUUGUGUUUCAAAUCUAAGACCAAAAGUGGAGAUUAUCACGACGAGAUGAAUGGAGAUAACUUCAGUAAAUGGCUACAAGAAAAGCUUAUCCCAAACUUAGAGCCCAAUUCAUUAAUAGUGAUGGACAAUGCGUCAUAUCACUGUAUUAAAAUAAAUAAACGCGUGACAAUGAACAGUAAGAAACAAGAGAUGCAAGAUUUCAUAAAAAAACACACAUGA